AAAAAGCUCUGUCUUUCUCUCUUUCUCACUCUCACUCUUUCUUUCUCUCUUUUCUGGCCAUUUUCACUUCACUAAGUCUGAGACAGACAGACCCUUUUGAGUUUCAAGCAAUUGGACAAAGAAAAGAGUUUGAAGUUGAUAUCUUUACCUUCUGAAUCAUCUCUACUUCUACACAAUGGUCGACGUGGACCGGAGAAUGACCGGUCUAAACCCGGCUCACGUGGCCGGACUCCGUCGCUUAUCUGCCCGAGCCGCAGCCGCCCCAACAACGAGUACAACCGCCACAGCCUCGCUUCCAGUACGAAAUGGCCUCCUCUCAUUCUCUUCAUUAGCCGAGAAUGUCAUAAUCCAUCUCCGGAAUUCAGGUGUUCAGGUUCAACCUGGUCUCUCCGACGCCGAGUUCGCUCGUGCCGAGGCUGAGUUUGGCUUCGCUUUCCCUCCUGAUCUCCGAGCUGUCCUCUCCGCCGGGUUGCCCGUCGGACCGGGCUUUCCAGACUGGCGAGCGCCUGGUGCCCGGCUCCAUCUUCGGGCUUCGCUUGACCUGCCCAUCGCGGCGAUUUCUUUCCAGAUAGCUCGGAAUACCCUCUGGUCUAAGUCGUGGGGUCCGAGACCAGCCGACCCGGAAAAGGCUUUACGGGUUGCGAGAAACGCUUUGAAGAGAGCACCGCUUCUGAUACCAAUCUUCAAUCAUUGUUACAUUCCUUGCAACCCUUCCCUGGCAGGUAACCCGAUCUUCUUCGUCGAUGAGAAUCGUAUCUUUUGUUGUGGUCUGGAUCUCUCAGAUUUCUUCGAACGCGAGUCUCUUUUUCGGAGCUCUGAAUUGUCGGAUCCUCGGGUCCUCAAGAAGCAAAGAUCGGUGAGCGAGAAAUCAGCCGGGUCGUCUUCGAAUUUCUCACGGAGGAGCUUAGACACAGGGCUAUCUUCAGGGGCGAGAACGCCGAGGUGGGUCGAGUUUUGGAGUGAUGCAGCAGUCGAUCGUCGCCGGAGAAACUCGUCGUCGUCUUCUUCAUCGUCGCCGGAGAGAUUCUUCGACAUGCCCAGGUCCGUAAUCCCGAAAUGGGUCGACGAAUACGUGGAGCAAAUAGGAUCCGUCUUGAGGCAAGGCGGGUGGAACGAAUCGGAUAUAACGGAAAUAAUGGAGGUUUCGGCUUCUGGGUUCUUCGAAGGAGAGAUGGUUUUGGUUGAUAAUCAAGCCGUACUGGACGCUCUACUCUUGAAAACGGAUCGGUUCUCGGAUUCUCUUCGUAAAGCGGGUUGGAGCUCCGAAGAGGUUUCGGACGCUCUCGGUUUUGAUUUUCGACCGGAAAAGGAAAAGAAACAGGUUAAGAAACUCUCGCCAGAACUCGUGGAGCGAAUCGGGAAACUGGCUGAGUCGGUCUCUCGGUCAUAAUACCACCGGUAUCAGAUUUUUUUUUUUUUAAUUUUAAUUUUACAAAGACCUUGGGUUUUGCUUCUUUUUUCCCCUAAGGUUUGAAAAAAAAAAUCCGAAUACAUGGGGGAAUGGGUUGUACUAAGAAACAAAAAUGUAAUAUUAAUUUAAAAAAGAAAAAAGAAAAACGACCAAAAGUUCAAAUUACAAGUAAUAUAAUUAAUAUAUAAAUAAUCAAUAAAAGUAAAAUUUACUACUA